AUGGCUGACACUAUAGACACACGAAGGCAGCAUGAGACAGAGGAGCAGGAGCUGCUGUUGGAGCAGGAGCAGGAGCAGGAACAAGCAGAAGCCCAUGUAGUCGACGAUGGCAGCAACGAGGCCGAGGAUGAGCCGCUGCUGACUCGGCGGCAAAUGCUGCAUUCAGCUACACGCCACGUCAAACAUCUCCUCGGUAUAUUGCUGGGUGUCGCCAGCGCUAUAUUUGGCAUGUACAUUCUCUACAUCAUUGCCCACAUUCCGCGCAUGUAUCUGAUGCUGCGCAAUAUCGAGCCUGAGCUUGUUGACGCCACGCUUAUCGACAUAACAGACGACACAGUGAGGUUUGCCGCAACGCUGCAUUUUUCUGGUAUCAACCAGCAAGAAUUUGUGGUCCCCAUGGCCAACAUCACUGUUAGACACGGGGAGCAAGAUGUCGGGUGGGUGCUAGCCGAGAACAUCCUCGUGUCUGGCAUGAAGCCGCUGUCUCUCUCCGAGGUGUUCCAUGUCACUGACCAAGCGGCGAUGACGCGCCUGGUGGCCAGUACAUUAUCGACCCGUCGAGCCGCUGUCGAUGCGCGCGUGCGAAUAGACACAAGCGGAUUUGGCAAAUAUCUGCCCACAGUUUAUGCGCGCAGUAGCCUGGAUCUUGCGCUGCCAGAAAUGUCUGUAAACGUUACUGUCAGCGAUAUCAAUGGACCCAUGGCUGACACAAGGCAAGGGGGAAUCACAGCUCGCACGGUUCUACAUGUUCAACUACCUAUGGAUGUGGCAGCGGAUAUCGGCACAGUUGAAUUGGUAGCUAGGUAUAGCGACGUGGAUGUGGCCAGAGUGACGGCUGGACCGACCACGGUCGGUCGUGGAGGCUAUGGAAUUGUCCCAGUGGCCAUCAAUAUCCGGCCGAUCGCUGGUGACGAGCAUGAGUUAGCUCUGGCCAACAUGGCGCGACUGAUCGGCGCAGGUCGAGACUUCGACAUCCAGAUAUCGGGUGCCAGCCCAGGCACCUACGAUUCUUUGCCCCUCUGGCUGCGUAGCGCUCUUCACAAUUCGCCACAGCUGGUAAGCACUGGAAUGGUGCCCGGAUCAGUCCGACUGCCAUCGCUUGACGCCGCGAUCAGGGAUGUGAUUGCGAGCAAGGUCUAUGCAUACUGGAGUGCACAGGAGAGCUUCAAUCCGUGGGUCGGCAUCUCUGGACAAACUGUUGUUGAGCUGCCGAACCCAACUAACGCCAACGUCAGCAUUGAGAUCGAGUCGCUUGUACCGAGUCUCGAGUUGGUGGACGAGAAUCGGCAGGCGUUUGCAACGCUUGGUCAGCCACAGAAGCCGUUCCGUGUUAAGCAGGUGUCGCCCAUGUCGUUUAUGCUGCUGUGCGACUUUGAUCGGAUCGGACUAAAUGUCAUUGAGGGCCACGAGAAGCAGUAUACAAAGGCUAUCCAACGCGCCAUUGCCAACAGGCAGAUCCUCGGGGGUGUCAACGGCACGAUAGACAUAAUGCUGAAAACGUCGCUGGGCAGGUUGCGCAUUGACGCAAUGCCCUUCCAUGCCAUGGUCAACCACACAUUUGAACUGCCAGAGGAGCCUGAGGUCGACACUUCCAUGCGGCAUCGGAUACCAGAGGUCGAUGUGACGCGAAUUGAAAUCACCGAAACACGCACAGACCUGGUCAGAGCCCAGAUUGACCUUGCAGUAACCAACCCAUUCAACUAUGGCGCUUAUAUCACCGACCUAGCCCUGAAGGUCAAAUAUGCAGAGCUUCACAUUGCGACCGUGGGGUUCAAGGAGCUAAAGGUGAGCAGGGGAGCAAACAGCAUUACUGUGUUUGCUGACUUCAUCAACCACCCCGAUGAUCCGCGGCAGCAGAUGUUCUUCUUGGACGUUACCGCUGCGCGCAAGCCUAUCUCACUGACUGUUCAGGGAUUCCCAAACUGCAGUACAAUCGCUCCGCUCGAGGCCUCGCUGCGCGAGUUCACACAGACAUUUAGCGUGGAUCUUUCCAAGCUCAAAAACGGAGGAGGCCUGGGCAAGAGCAAGCUCAGCGAGACCCUGCGCGAAGUCAUCUUCCACAUGUUUGGCAUGACUGCCGAGGCUACGAUACACAGCCCGGUAUCGGGGGCGAGCAUCUGGCUCCAGAGCAUCGAGGCUAUUGGAUACUACAAGGGUGACAUUCCGCUGGGCACACUCGAGCACGACUUUUUGGCAGAGGGCCAAGUGAGCGGUGGCUCGGAAUCGGUGUCGCAUGGGUUCUUGCUGCCCUUUGAUUUAGAUGUGACGACACCACGGAUGCUGAUUACUGCUAAUGAGACGUCGAUUGGGUGGAAUGUCAUCCGCAAGGCAAUUGGCGGUACUCUCGACGUCGACGUGUUCACCAACAUCCAGAUCCAGCCAUGGGCAAGAACGCGCCGGUCAAGAUUCGCUGGUGAUAUGCAUCGUCAAUCAGCCGAUCACAAGGAAUUGGAUGGUGCCAGCGUGUCCCAUCGCUUGUCUGCUCCAGAUUAUUAUUUAUUUAUUUAUUUAUUCUCGCCCACCGUUUCUCUGUACCUUACAAUUCGACUUUUUCUCCAUUUGUUUUCUUCGAACGCAUCAAUGUCGCUUCAGCAGUCCAAUGAGGACCUUGACAAUGUGCGGCAGGCAAACCAUAGACGCUUACUCAACACAUUUGAGGCAAUUUACGCAAAAUACAGCAAGCACGACUGCGACGAUGACAUUGUCGAUAUCAUGACCGGCGAAAUUAUCGAAGACAACGGAAGACUGCGCAGCCUCAAUACCGUCCACAUUGGCGACUUUGGCGACCCGACUGGAGGGCUACCUGUCGAACCCGUCAGUAUCUUGGACAGCGAUGAACAGCGCCCCUUGUCAACUGAGACUCUCUUUCAACGGGCGCAACAGGCAACAAGACCACCAAAACGCAAGCACGAUUCAGUCUACGACAAGUCAGCUGGUACAUAUACGAUCCCACAGCGGCCUUGGAAGAGAUCGAUGGUGCCAAAGUAUGACUCUCCGGACUCUGCUGUCACAGAAGAUUCGGGCAGCGAAGAGCGCAUUGCGACUGGGAUUGAGCAGUACAUGAGGAUUCUUCGGCGAUCAUGGGCUGGGAUUCAAAAGGCUGAAGGAGAGGAACCAAGACUCUUGGAGGAGCUGGAAAAGGAGGAUAUCGAGCUGGAUCUGGCCGAAUACGAGGAAGAGGAGUCGUAUGAGGAGGAGGUAGACUAUGAGGAGGAGUAUGAAGAAGAAUAUGAAGAUGAUGAAUUGGACGAGGACGAGGACGAGGGUGCAGUAUUGGAUAAUAUCGCCUGGCAACACCAGCUCAUGGAGUCGCCACGCGUCAUGUCGCCGGUGAAUAUGAAUACGGGUCUCUACCGGGGCUACAUGACACCACGGCUGACUUUUACUGGUCCUCACAGCUACAAUAGGCUGUCAGGCUACUCGUCGUUGACAAGGUCAAUACUAAGCCCGCUAAGGGGGUCAAGUGCUAGCAGCAGUGUUAGAACGGUAGCUACGAUGAGCACGCCACCGAUAAUCUCGCCACAGGUCUCGACGGCAUUCAAACCCUUCGCUGCCUCGCCGCGAGUAUUCUUUGAGCAUCCUAGUCCUAUUGAGCUAGAACCCAACGCUCAACAGCAGGGCCGGUCUGAUAUAGAAGGCGAAGAGGAUGGUGUCAGCAUAUAUUCGGAUGAUAAUCUGCCUGUACUCCCACCCACCGCAUUGCAGUAUGACCAGAGGUACAGCCCGGAUUCAGUUGGUAGGUACGAUCUGCAUGAGGCGAUUGAUGGCCCCACAUACCAUACACAAGGCUACGACCAACGGUGA